UUACUAUGUUGUUCUUCACAUUGGUGGAUGACUUUGGAAGAAAAUGGACUGUUAAGUAUUCCGUUUCAUUUACUGUGGCUUUUUUAGACAAAAAUUAAGUGAUCACUGGUAAAUUUCUAAACAUCAAUACAUAGAAUUCCUUUAACAAUUUAAUAUGUUUACCUGAAUGUCAUAGUUAUGUCCUUACAUGCCUUUUUACUAUUGCUAUCUUAUUUUUGUAUAUUUUUCUAAAGCAUGUAUUCAUACAUUAAUCACAGCAAAGAGAACUUUUCUUUUAUGACAUCUUUUCAUAUAAUACCAUUUGCAAAUGUACUAACUGGUUCCUGGAAAGAUUAGGCUUUUUGAACUCAAGACUUUCUUACCUUACCAAAUGCUGACAAGUGUUGACCAUUGUGACAUAAUUAGUGAUGAGUUAAGUUAGUGAAUCUGAAAUCCCCAAGAAUUAUUUUUCUACCAUAGGUUGGAGUAUUAUGUAAUUUAAGCUUUUGACUUCAAAUCCUGAAUUCUUUCACCUAAGAAGAAGAACUUGAGGGCUAUUUUUUAUUCUGCAACUAGAAUAGCUUAUUAAAAAAUUAUUAUUCCAAAGGAGUUAUUUAGAAAGAAUUUCAAAAUAAAAAAAAAUUAUAAUAUUAAACUCCUUAUUUUUUUUCUAUAAACACAUUACCACAUCAAAAACCUACCAAUAAGUUGCUUAGUAUAUUUUAAUUAUAAACUCUCCCGUUACCAAUGAAUAGAGCUUUUGAAAUAGUUAACUUCCUUGAAGUUUAAUCCCAAAAUAAAGUUCUAUCCAAUCAGUUCAGUAUUCUUAUACUGAAAAAGUAGUUUGUGAUGCCAAUUUUGUUAUGUUAAAUGGAGUCCAAACUGUUCUAUGGUAUAGUGGUCCUAUGUUUUUUGGAAAGAGAAGAGAAAACUUCAAAUAAAAUAUUGCCUACCAUUAUAUUUUUUUAAGAUUUGGAAAAAAUUUUGAACCAAUAAUGUAAUGUACAUAAAUUGUCAUGCUAAUUUACUCCUUUCUUCAGUAGGACAACUCAGUAAAUAAUCCUGUUCAAGGAUCUUAAAAUUAAGAGAGUUCAUAAAUACUAUUAGGAUACAUGAAUUGUAAACUUAUUUAUCAAAGACAUAAAUUUUUCAUUAGUCACCAGGAGAUUCUUUUAAGUCUUAUAGUUUUAGAUUAUUUGUAACUAUCAUGAGUUGAUCAGAAUAUUAUCUUUAACCCUACCAAAAUUUUUUUUGAUAAUGGCAUCAGAAAUGGUUAUUAAUGUACUAUGUUUAUAUUUUAAUGUAAAUUCAAAUAGCCAUUCAUUUUACUUAUUGGAAAAUUUACCAACUUCCUGUUAUGGCCCUAAAUAAUAUCUGGAGAAUAAUAUAAAUGCCAAAUUAGCUUCCUUUGGUGCAAUCUAGCUAACAAUUUUUUCUUCAAAAAACAUUACAAAACAGCAUGCACUACUGGGUAUUUCUAUGUAAAAGUCAAUUUGAAAUAUCCAUAUAUUCCAAUUCUUAGUCUUUUUUGUAAUUUUUUGACAACCUACAUGGAUUAUUUUUGGGAAAUCAGUAGAAAAAUAAAACACAUGCCAAAGAAUAGAAGUGUGAGAUUAUAACUUGUAAUGUUUUACUGCUAAUAAUAAAAAGACCUGAUUGGGUGGUCGUAGUGCAAAGGAGACAAAUAUAAAAAAAUAACUCAUUGGCAUCAUCUGCAAUGUUUAGAAAGUAAAAAAAUACAAUGAAAGGAAAAUUGUAAAUGGAAUUUAGGUGCUAAUAUGAAUUCAACUAAAAAUUUGAAACUGUUUAGGAAGGAAAUUUAGAGAAUAUAAAGUAGAUAAAAACAAAAGUAUGGAAUUCUAGAGAAUCCUGGAUGCUUUGUGUAGAUGUUAGUUACCAAACCUUGUUUAACCAGUCUGAGUCAAUCCAAACAGAAUACAUCCAGAUGACAAGCCAGGAAGCAUAAUUUAUCAUCUUGUGCUAGGCUAUAUAGUCUUUACUUUAGAACUAGAAAAGAGAGAUGAUCAUGUACAAAUAACAGGUGCAGCUUAAUGACUUAACCUAUAAAAUCUAUUUUGUGGAAGAAAAAAAAAAUCUAUCUUUACAGCAUCUCAUUCUGGAAAUUUCGAAGUAAUUUAUUGCCAAGAAGAUGGGCCAGAAAUUAUCCCAAGAAGUGACUCAGGAGGACAAGCUUGAUCUCAAUGCUAUGUGUAACAUUUUUAAUCAAACUGAGGUCAAUGCUGCUCAGAAACUGAAAGACUGUCUUGGAUUUGAAGAGUUUCAAACUAAACUGUCCCUAAAUUUCAAUGCAUUGAAUGAGAUCUUUUAAAUUCAUUUUAUUAGUUUCUGCCAUGAAAAUGGAAUAGAAGAGAAGAUUACUACAAAUAAAAUGACCAAAAAUCAGGCCAUGUUGUUUAGGGCUGAUUGGAUCUGGACAUUCUGGGGUUAUAAGGAAAUCCUAUUUCAACUUCACAUUGAAUCUAAUUCCUAUGACCUGCUCAACAAGGAUGUGGUGUUAGAUGUGUAUUCUGGGGAGCGCAAUCGAUUUGAGAAAAUGGAAGAAUUCUGUAAUUUGAUAGGUGAAGACUUUCUGGGUUUAUUUAUCAUCUUUGGUGUGCUAGGAAGGCCAGAAGGCAUCAGAGGAGUUCUCUUGGACAGUAUCAAAAAUAAGAAAAUUCAAAACUACCUGUCAGGAGAAAAGGCUAUAAAACAUCUUAUCUUAAAUACAAAGAACUGUCUGUCUACCAAAGAACUGUUAGAAAAGUACCUGCAUAAAAAUGAUAAACUGAAUAAAAUAAGCAAGGUUUAUAUUAAUUUUUUCUGAAUUUUAGAUUAGGUAAGCCAAGCAAAUAUAAACCCAUUUGUCAAAGUAAAGGAUUUUAUUCUUUUCAAGCAUAAGAGCAUUUAAUGUGUCAGCAUUAAUUAAUGUAUUUAGUGUGUUAAAUGGGUUUAGGUAUCAAGUGAUAGAUUCACUUUUUUUGGUGGCAAAUAAAAAAAUGCUAAGCCAUCUUCCAAAUGAUUGUAUUAUUGUGAUUAUGAAACAGGAAAAAAAAAAAAGCAUGAAAAAAACCUUCAGGGAAAAAAAUAACCACAUAACUCCAUGUAACUUUUGUUCAUUUGCCUAAGAAGCCAAUAAAACAACCUUGAAAGUUUGCUUUUCA